AUGAAAGACCGGGAGGACAAACUGAGCCACAAGGACGAGUCUAGCCAGAAGGACAAGCCCAUCCAGAAGGAGACGCCCAUCCAGAAGGAGACGCCCAUCCGUAAGGAGACGCCCAUCCAGAAGGAGAAGCCCAUCCAGAUGGAGCAGCCCACCCAGAAAUCUCCAAACCUCGAGAAACCAUCCGGAGGGACAUCCAACGUGCCCAGUCUAGCGCAAAGGCUUGAAGAGAAAAUCCGGCGCCGACAUGAGGAGCGCAACUCGCCCAAGCUACCGGAGGAUAUCCAGGUCGACCGUGACGCGGCCGCUAAUCCAUCGCCGGCUCCAGUGGCGCCAGCUCCAGUGGCGACAGCCCCAGUGGACAACCGCAUCGAACGCAAAGCCGAGCCCGUCGAUUACUGUUCCGAUACGGGGGUCCGCCCAGCGGUUGCUAAGAAAUCUCACCGUCUAAAGCCGGCACUGAAGACGUACAACAGCUCUUCAGGGUCAUCCUCCGACAGAGAAUCGCGCGCUUCGGUUAUCUUUACCGACAAUGACACCUCGCAAACGUCCCUGUCGUCGGACGAGGGGCCACCCAAGCGGCCCCCAACCAGGCGGACGGUGUCCUUCCUCGACGAGCCGUCCAAGCCUGCGCCCUCCCCCACCCAACAAGCCCUAGAAAGUGACCAGCAACGACCCCUGACUCGGCAGACCAGCUCGUCGCGCGAGAGCUCGCGUUCCCCGCCAGCAAACCACCCCGGAGGGUUCAGCCUCCUACCCUGUUCCAGAUCCGUCCCCAAAGCCGGGUACCAAGACUGGUACACCAUCAAGGGGCUGACGCACCUGAACAUCUGUCCGGGGUGCACAACGCAGAUGCGCAAGUCGCGAUUCCGGGACCAAUUCAUGCUCGCCAACCCACGGCCACGGGGCGACAAAGUGCGCUGCUCGAUGAGCCUCCCAUGGGCACGCCUCGCCUGGACACAAACGCUCAAGAAGCAGCUCGACCACCUCGACAUGCUCUACGACGUGACCUGGAUCUCAGCCGGCACCAAACCCUGCACCGGACGAACCAUCAGCGACCAGUACUGGUACCGCGUCAUCGACCCGGACACAGGCGUCUUCCUCCCGAAGUUCAACGUCUGCUCGACCUGCAUCCGCAACCUCCGCACCGUGAUCCCCGCGCACCGCAGCACCUUCAAGCGAAGCAGCACGAAACAAGAACGCGUCUGCGACCUCGUCACCGACAGCCCGCGCUUCAUCCGCUACAUCGACCUCCUCGACAUCUCGGCCACGCGCGCAGAGCAAGAACCCACCACGCCCGAGCUCGACCUCCUCGAAUUCAUGGCCUACGCGCGCCGCAAGGUCGUCAUCCGCGACUGCCCGCGCGACCGCCCCGUCUUCAGCACCUGGCACUACAUGCCGCAACUGCCCACCUUCACAGUCUGCGAAGACUGCUACGACGACGUCGUAUGGCCACUGGUCCGCGCAAACCAGCCCCUCGCGCGGCGCUUCUCCGGCUCAUCCCGACUGCUCCCAGGGAAAGCGGCCGCGCAGUGCUGCCGCGAGGCAAGCUGCCAGCUUUACUCGCCGCGGAUCCGGGCGAAGUUCCAAGACGCGGUGGCGCGCGAUGAUCUGGAGUAUUUGAGUUCGAUUGCGGUGAGGCGGUUUGAUGCUGAGCAGCGGUAUCUGGAGCGGAGGGAGAUGUUGCAUGAUAAGGAAAGUGUGGGGUAUGAUUGUGAUGGGGAGUUGAGGGAGAAUUUGGAGGAGUGGAAGAGGUGGGAGUGA